CUGACGGGCCAAUGUUCAGACAGGCGCCAUGAUUUUCCUGAGGAUGCGGCUAGAAAAUGGUCGCUCCCUGCUUGAAUAAACGCGCAGCCGACAGGUGAAAGGUUCCCCGCUGUUUAAAGCUCGCAGUUGAAAACACGUGUUCACUGGUUCCAGUAGAGACCAAAAUGGAUUUGUUGAUGUUAGAAAUACUCAGAGUUUCGCUUACAAAGCGGAGCAGAGUGAGCUAGGUAGCUAAUGCUAUCAGCGAAGCUAGCUCGGUGAGGCUAGCACAGGGUACUAACCGGUUUUUAUCACAAAUAUUGAACAUUUGAUUCUGCUUGGUUAAAUGACAGAGGUGUUACAGGACCAAAGCUCACACCUUGAGUAACAGGUAUGACCCGGUUCUGAUUCGGACAGUCCUGGUGAUGGCAGAGGGGACUCACACUGGCGAAAUGCCCUCCUUUGACCCAAGUCCUGGUGGUUCUGAAGCUAAAAAGAGACCCAUUUCAUCAGAUGGCAGAGACGAACCCAUGAGGAAAAUGCCUUUGACAAAGUUUGGACCCCAACCUCGGUUUGAGCCUGUGCACUUCGUUAGCAGUGGGAGCAGCGGAGGAACCGGCACCGAUGAGAAGGAGAACGAUAAGGAGCGCAGGAAGAGUGAGUCGCACGGCGCCAGACUGUGGGAGUCCCACCACUCUGCCGCUAGCGGCUGGGCGCAGGGCUUCUCCUCCCUCAGGCCCGCUUUCGACCGAGUGCCGUCGCACUCCAGUGACUUUUGGGGUUCCCACAUGGACAGAGACGGUAGCACUAGUGGACUGGGUUAUGGAGGCCGCGUAUCGUCUUCGAACUACAUGGCAAAAACGCAGCAGGACUACACUGCCAAGUACGUAGCGCACGCCUCCUCUCACAGCUUAAACUCGUACUCGAAGCCGCAGAGGUUUAAUGGCUAUGGCGGCGGCAGCAGAACCAGCAGCUGGGAUGUGGGUCGUCAGGGUUUGGGUUACGACCAUCAGGACCGGCCUUUCAGCAGAGUCUACAGCGGCCCAAGCGCGGCCAGUCCCAAAGCAGCAGAGUACGCGAAGCCUCUUCUGAUAUCUCACUCCACGCUAGAUGAGAAGCAGAGGCUGAUCACCAGUGUUGCCAACGCGUUAUCCGUUGCCUUCAGGAACCCUGUGUUGAUGACAGGAAGCGACUCACCGAACUACAACUUCAUGUUGAGCCGCAGCAUCCAGGCCUGCAAGACCAACCCGGAGUACAUUUAUGUCAACCUGAAGGAUAUCCCACAGGCAGACCUGCCAAAGAACAGGAAAGUGCCGACGGACGGUUACGCCUGCGAACUGAGAUGUCAGGGUGUGUAUCUGGCAACCGGAUAUUCCGGCAGCAAAAACGGCGCAAGAGACCGUGCAUCCGAGCAAGCUGUGAAGCUCUUCCUGAAGCCGGUGGAGGUCCGCAUUGUGCAGCGUCGAUACCGACACCUGGUGGUCAGUGACAUGGUUGUGUGCCAGACACACAGCCCGACGCCUGCGUUCCUGCCGGCGCUCCGAAACCCAGAGGACAAGCCGAUGCCGGGCUCCAAGGGCCAACAUGAGCCCGACCGAAACAAGCACUGGACCGAGUUUGUGGUGAUGGACAACGCGUACGACGCCAUCUGCAUUCUGAACAACUCCAACGCCUUCAACCGCAUGAAGAUUGACUACAAGUUUGUCCAGCUGCCCAGCAACCUGUGGCAGUGCAGCAUCUUUCUGCAGGACGAGCUGAUAGCGCAGGCGACUGGGACGAAGAAGAGCUCCAAACAUGCCGCCGCCGAGGAGGCCGUGAGGAAGCUUCGCCUCAACCAAGCACAACGGCAGCCCUGGCAGAAACAGUCCUUCAGAAGUAAUCCGCAGGAUUCUGGCAACUUCUUCCCGCCACAGUCGGACGUCGAUUCUUUUGGAGUCAAAAAGAAGCAACUGAGCGAGCUUGUGAUCUUGGAGAAUAACGAUAACGCCAUCUGCAUCAUCAACGACACAGCUCAGUUUAACAAAGUGACCGCAGAUUACAGAUUCUCGGUUUUGCCCGAUCAUCACUGGAAGUGCGAAGUUUACCUGGAAGGGCAGUACGUCGCAGCGGGAGUCGGGCCGAAGAAGUUAGUGAAGCACAUUGCGGCGAAUGAGGCGUUGUCCACCUUACGACAGACUCAGGCGGUCGUCAAGUCCAACUUGAGGAAGGAGGGACACAACGGCGCCAUUUCCCGCUCUCAGAUCCUCGCUCGCUCAGGCGAGGAUGCGCUGAAGCAGGAGAUCAAGGAGGACAACAUCGGAAACCAGCUGCUGCGUAAGAUGGGCUGGAAAGGCGGCGGCCUCGGCCGGGACGGCGAUGGCAUCGCCGAGCCAAUCAGAGUCAAGGAGCAGUUCUCCAGGGAGGGUCUGGGUAUGGAAAUGGUUAAAGCGGGAAACCUGCUCAGCAAGCGGGACAUUGAGGACGUCAUCCGCAACUACGCCAGCUCGGACAGAACGGACGACCUCCGCUUCUCCAACGAACUCACCGACGACGAGCGCAAGCAGAUUCACCAGAUUUCCCAAAAAUACGGCCUGCGCAGCAAGUCCUACGGACAGGGAUGGGACCGGUUUCUGGUCGUCAGUCGGAAAGUACACAAAGACCAGCUGAUUGGUCAGCUUUUACAGGAAGGACAGGUGGGCCGAUACGAGCUCGUCAAGCCUCAGGCGUCUCAUUAAACUGCAUGAAAAUAAAUUGGAAAUUUCCUCUGAGUUGGACUUCAAAGCAUAACACAGCAAGGCCCGGUUCGGACAUGGCAGCAGCAUGCGUCCUGGCUUUAUAUUUCACCAUUUAUACCCGAUACUAGGGAUCAUUUAGCUCACAGAUGUCAAACUCCAGUCCUCAAGGGCCGCUGUCCUGCAGUUUUUAGAUGUGACAGGUUCAAAACGUUGGAAUGAAAUGGCUUAAUUGUCUUGAUAAUGACCUAAUUAUUCUAUUCAGGUGUGGUGCAGCAGAGGCACAUCUAAAAGUUGCAGGACAGCGGCCCUCCAGGACUGGAGUUUGACAUCCCUGAUUUAGCUGCUUCACAUGUAGCACUAUACACAGUUUACAUCAAAUGUUACAAUAACUAUUAAUUUUGGUGUUAUAUCGAUAAUGUUUCAGGAUAAAAUUACACAAAAAAAGAACUUUUGAAGACAAGACUUGGGUGAACAAAGUUUGAAUUUAUUGUGGAUUAAGAAUUAUACAUUUUGGCUCAAAUUUAUACAAACAACUCUUUAGCUUCUGGUUAAUUUACAAAAACACAUUGCUUUCCAAAUUUAAAUUGAAGUUUUAGCUUAGUUUUACCGGGAUAAUUGAUCGCUUUUGGUAGAUUUAGUAUAGUUCAUUUAAAUUAGAUGACUUUCUGCCACUGACCUGAUUUUUUUUUUAAAGCAUAAUCCACAUAUUUUCAAAAUCUCUUCAUCCCAAUCCCAACAUUGGCACUUAAAAACUUUCCACCUCUGAUGAAAUGUAAUUGGCUAGGAGAUUCAGAAACCGUGAAAACCACCAAAUACGGAAGAAACACCUGAAAUUUUUAAUUAAGUUUUCUGCUCAGUAAAGACAAUUUGAGCUACACUGCAAAAACACAAAAUCUUACCAAGCAUUUUUGGUCUAGUUUCUAGUAUGUGUGAAAUAAGACAAAACUAACGUACAAGUAACUUUUCAGCAAGAUAUGAGCUCGUUUUAAGAAAAUAAUUCCUUAAUUUUGAUUUAAAAGAACAACUAUUUCCACUGGCAAAUUGUUUCACUUAUAACAAGACAUUUUUCCCAUAAGUGAAAUAAUCUACCAGAGGAACAAGGAACCUUUUCAUCAACAACAAUGAAUUGUUUACUCAAAUCAUACUUGUAUAUCCUGCUGAAAAGUGGCUUGUAAGUUAGUUUUGUCUUAUUUCUAUUGUACUAAGAUGUUUGUAAUAGAAACUUGACCAAAAAUGCUUGGUAAAAUUUUGUGUUUUUGCAGUGUAGAUUUGAAGUUGACGCUUUGAGACAAAAGAACGCCACCAACUGUUGGUGGCAACAUCAUGCUAAGGGAAAGUAGGGCUCUAGUCUAGAAAGAUGUCAGCCCUAUUGCGAACUCAUGAACUAUGCCUAAAAGGUCAAUUUCAAGGUCAUUCUAGGUCAAUGAGAGGAAAUAUUCAUAAUAAAGAAGGAUCAUGCAGAACGUUUGAAUGCUACAGGAAGUGUGAUUUCUCUGCAACUUACUCAGGGACAAUUGACCAACUAUUUAAACAUGUAUGUAUAUAUAUUCAGCCUGAAUAUGUAAUUAAAUUAAAACUAGGGCUGGGCGAUAAAUCAGUUUAAUCGAUAAUUGAAUUUUCUGGUUUUGAAGGUGUAAUUUUCACCAUUGGGUUUCCAUGGUUCAGAGUGAUGUCAGCACGCCCAGGGCGGCCAUCUUGUUUGACUAGUUUGUUUUAUUUACUUUGAAUUCAGAUCAACUUACAGAAGGAAUCCACUGAAAUAAGUAAUUUUAAAAAAAAGAUAUUUUCUAUCAUUUGUAUUUUUCAUUUUUUGGAAAAAAAAAUUUUGGUUUUAAAAAAAAUUUAUAUUUUAUUUUAAAUCAUCUCUCAGCACUAAUUCAAACUUCUUCACCUGAUUCUUGUUCUUAAAAUCAUUAAAGUAAUAUUUUCUUUCCAUCUUUUUGGGGAAAAAAAGAUUAGAAUAAAUAAAUAAAAGCUCAAGAUGAAUGUUUAUGAAAGUGUGAGUGCAGUCCUGAGAAGGGAGACGCAAUUUGAGGGAAACCAGAUGUAAUUGGACCAGCCAGGACCAACGCUGAUGCCCAGUCUGAUUCGGGUCCAACCGCAAAAACACAAAAUAUCACCAAAUGUUUCUGUCUAGUUUCUAGAUAUUUUAAGAUAUUUGAAAUAAGAUAAAACCAAGAUUUCAUUUUUGGAAAAUCUGGGACUUUUAAUUUAUUUUUCACCAAUUUACUACUUAUGUUUCCAUAGUUCAGAGUGAUGUCUGCGGCGGCCAUUUUGUUUGACAAGUAUGUUUUACGACUGAAUAUUAGGGCCAGUCUAUGAUUUAUUUUAAUUACGGUAAUAAAGUCAUAAUAUUUGGAGAGUGAAAUCAUAAUUUUAUGAGAACUCAAAUAAAAAACAACAAUUUGGUCAUGGUUUUACAGAUAAGUAAGCACUUAACCUUUUGACAUAUCAGCAUCAAAUUACUAUCAGCAGCAGGACUUUGAAACUAUGACGAAUCACAGCUGGUCACAACAGAUCUUCAAGAUUUUUUUUUCUAAUUAAAACAACUUUUUUUCCUCCUCAUUCUAAGACGUUUUCUGGUAAAAUUGUGUCUAUUCUGUUAAUAUUAUAACUAUAUUCUCACAAUUAAACAUUCUUGUAAGCCGGGCCCUAAUACUCUGUUGUACAACUCACAGAAGACAAUAAUAAAAACCACUUUUGAAAAUA